CACAGGAAGCUGCGGCUGUUUCCGCCAGCUUGCUUCAGCUUCAGUCGAGUUUCCAAGGAGAGAAAUAUCAGACGCGCUUCAGCUCGGACGGGACUUCUCAGAGCAAACAUCCUCACACACUCGGGGCUGACCUUUGACCUCUGGGACAUUUUGGGGUCCGGGCGGGAAGCUCGCGGACGGUGUAGACCCGGAACAGGCUGCCAUGGCCCGGCCGAGGAAGAAAAGCUGCUCUGGGUGCUGAACAUGAAGCUCCGCGGGGGGAGACAGAGAGAGCGCAGACUGCAGUAACACACGGAGGGAGAGGAGGCACUUUAAUUCAGGAGAGAAGAAGAGGAGGAUGAAGAUGGGAGGGAUAGUGGAGCUGCUGGGCAUCAGCUGGCUCCUCUUCCUCCUGCUGUUCAUCGGAAACGGCCACUGCAGAGACUCUCACCAGACCGAGCACCUGUCCUCCUAUCAGCUGACUGUCCCUCGACCAAUCGGAGGCAGGCUGAGGAGGGACGUGAAUGGAAGACUGCCCAAUCAGGUGUCCUACAUCAUCAGCGUGGAUGGAAGCGAUCGCGUCGUCCAUCUGGAGAGAAACGAGCUGCUGCUGCCUGCAGACUUCACCGUGUUCUCCUACAGUCCCAACGGAUCCCUGGUCACAUCCACGCCACCUGUCCAGGACCACUGUCACUAUCGCGGCUUCGUCCAGGGCGUGGAGGGCUCAUCCGUCGCCAUGAGCAUCUGCAACGGCCUCAGAGGAGUGAUGCACCUCAGUGUUGGCAGCUAUGGGAUUGAGCCGCUAGACUCCGCCACCGACCAGCACCUGGUGUAUCGCCUGCAGGAUGUGACAUCACAGCCCCGAGGGUGCCAAGCGCCGCACUACGAGCACGGCCCCAACUCUACAGAGCGUGCUCAGGCCAGCUGGGAGGAGAUCCCUCACGGGCAGCACAGACGGGUGAGGAGAGCCGUCCUCCACAAGACGCACUACGUGGAGCUGCUGCUGGUGGUCGACAACGAGAGGUUUAACUUCAUGAGCAGGAACGCGACGGCAGUGAGGGAGGAGAUGGUUCUGCUCGCCAACCUCGUGGACAGCAUCUACAUGCAGCUGAAUAUCCGGGUGGUUCUGGUUGGUUUGGAGAUCUGGACUCAGCAGAACCAGAUCAGCACCGACGGAGCUGCUGGAGAAGUCCUGAAUCGCUUCACCCAGUGGAGGGAGAAGGAGCUGGUUCCUCGCCGCCGCCAUGACUCAGCACAGCUCAUCCUGAGGAAGAAUUUCGGACAGACGGCCGGGAUGGCGUUCGUCUCCACUGUCUGCUCCAGGAGUCACGGAGGCGGGAUCAACGCGUUCAACAACAACCUCGUGGUCUCGUUCGCCUCCAUCGUGGCUCACGAGCUCGGCCACAACCUCGGCAUGAACCACGACGACGGCCGACAGUGCACGUGUCCCACCGGCGCCUGCAUCAUGAACUCUGGAGCCACAGGGUCAAAGAACUUCAGCAGCUGUAGCGCCGAUGACUUUGAGAAGAUGAUCCUGCUGACGGGGGGGGCGUGCCUGCUGAACGUCCCGCGGCCCGACGAGGCCUACAGCGCCCCCUACUGUGGAAACAGGCUGGUGGACUUCGGGGAGGAGUGCGACUGUGGCUCAGAGAAGGAGUGUGAGGAGGACCCCUGCUGUGAGUAUCGGACCUGUAAGCUGAAGUCUGGAGCUCAGUGUGCGUACGGCGAGUGCUGCUCCAACUGUCAGUUCCUGCCGGGGGGAACCGUGUGUCGCGCCAGCACAGAUGAGUGUGACCUGCCUGAGUUCUGUAACGGCUCCUCGUCCUUGUGUCAGAGCGACGUCUUCAUCCAGAACGGGCAGUCCUGCAGGAACCAGGAGGCCUACUGUUACAACGGGAAGUGUCAGCACUACGACAGCCAGUGUCAGGCCAUCUUUGGAGACAAGGCGAAGGCGGCUCCUGAGCUCUGCUUCAAAGAAGUCAACAGCAAAGGAGAUCGCUUCGGCAACUGUGGCUACCUCAACAACGGCUUCAAGAAGUGCGAGAGCAGAAACGCCAUGUGUGGGAAACUGCAGUGCUCCAACGUUCAGGCGAAGACGGUGUUUGGCAUCGAGCCGUCGAUCAUCAGCACGCCAAUCGCCGGAGGGAAAUGCUACGGCGUGGACUUCAUGCUGGGGUCGGACGUCCCCGACCCCGGGAUGGUGAACGAAGGGACCAAGUGUGGAGAGAACAAGGUGUGUGUGAACUUUGAGUGCCGCAGCGCCGACGUCCUGAGCUACGAUUGCGAUGUGCACACCAAAUGUCACGGACACGGGGUGUGCAACAGCAACAGGAACUGCCACUGCGACUAUGGCUGGGCUCCGCCUUCCUGCGAGUUAUCGGGUUACGGUGGAAGCGUUGACAGCGGACCCACGUGGAACGAUAAGGACACGUCUCUCAGGGACGGCCUGCUUGUCCUCUUCUUCUUCGUCCUCCCGCUGCUCGCUCUCGGCGUCUUCGUUUUCCUGCGCAGGAACGAGCUGCUGCGGCGACUCGGGCUGAGCCGCAGGAAGAGGUCUCAGGGAUAUGAGGCUGACGGCAUGGCUUCAGCCAAUCACAGCAGGAGACCGCCUCCCAGAGCGCAACCUCCAUCUGUUGCCCGGGGUAACGCCAAUAACAUCGUCAGAGACGGGAUCUGCUGUGACCCUGCUGAUCAGGAGGCUGAGAAUGGAGACGGUGAUGAUGCUCUCCCGCACCACGCUCAGCUGCUGCCACCACAAGAGGUGGUGGAAACCAGCCGGACGGCUCCUUCCCAUGCUCUGAAGCCGCCACCGCCUCCUCUAAAACUGAAACCUUCUGCUGCGUCUCAACCUCUGGUGCCUCAAAGACCUGCACCCGCGCCUCCUGUUUAACCAAUCAGGGGUCUUCUAACGACACCUGGAUGACACCCCCCCCCUUCUACUUAUCUUCAAACCCUUCCCAGCGAACUCAGAGCUAGUUCCUUAGCAACAGCCAGGAACAAUUCUGUAGCCACGAUAACCAGCCGGCCAGACUGCACGGCCAUCGCAGUGAAAUGGAUCCAGGUGGACCGGACGAGAAACUUUGCAGAACCUCCAGGAACCCAGCAGGUCCAAGCUGGAGCCGCUGCUGUUCUCUAACCUAACCAGGCAAUCGGAUUGUCCUGAAAGCACGAGUUCUUCUGAUUGGUUGGUUUUACGAAGCCUGCUUAAGUAUUUUUAAACUUUCUGAUUUAGUCAUGUGACCUUUCAAACAAAGUAUAGCAAGUAUAGCAGGCCAUGUGGGCCUCUCUCUCUGAUUGGCUGGUUUGUAGUUGUGGGUGGAGCAUGUAUCUGAGCACUGGUUUGUUUCUAUCGUCUGGCUCGCCCUGCGUUCGCUCCCUCGCUCUUCACAGAACUGUAAAUCUACGAUAUGCAAACAGCGUCUGAGCGCGUAGCUCCUCUGGUCUCAGUUCGUCAUGCAGCAUGGCGCCGUCUCUGCAGGGAACGAACGCUCACUAGGCGAGGCUGCUCUGUAUGCCUCUACUGUCCAGGUAUUUCCACCAGUUAAAAUAUGAGUCUGAGCUUGCAAAGCAUUCUGGGAACCGUAGGCAGUCACAUUUGGUACAAGCAAAGUGGAUUAAUCUGUCAGAAUUGAAACUAAAUGAGAUGAGUUCAGACCUGCACUGAGAACAUGUUCACUACAAGUCUGGGAUCAAACUGAACAGCAGUACCUACCAGCUCCUCCCAACAUCGUUCAUUUCUUUCUUUCAAAGACUUUAGAAAACACACUCAUUCCUGAUUAUUGUUACCAGUGUGACUGACUCAGUGGAGCUUUUUUUUAAAUCUGUCGCUCUUCUGUUAAGGUUGAAGCUUUUUGUAGAUCCACAUGUUUCUUCUGGGGGGACACAGACCCCGUUUCACCAGUGUUUUAAAAAUGAAUUAUGUCCAGUGGAAGCAGAACUUGAGCAGAAACAUGAACUUGGGUGUAGCCUGCUGAGCAUUCACAGAAUGUGUGACGGCGUCUGAAGGUGGAACAAAGUCCUUGAAAUUCUUGGCAAUAAUGUCCCGAGAGCGUCCACGCUUCCUGUCCCGGGCGAGCAGCGAUCACGCUGAACUCUUCCCACAUUCAGGGCGUCUGAUUCAAACCAGGGAUUUUUACACCACCGGUGAACCAAAUGCUUGCGUUCUGCAGCUGACGAGCCUGGAUGCACUGUGCUGUGUAACCACGUUGGUAUUUUUAAAUGCCUUUUUUCACUUACUUUGCUCUUUUGAGGGUUUUUGCACAGAAACUGAGGACUCCGCUGAGGAUGUUGAUGUGUUGCUCACAGGGCUAUCUUAGUGCCAUUUGACUGUUCAUGCCAAAAAAAUAAACCGUAGUCUGUGCUGAGCUCCUGAGUGAAGACAGUCGGACGCAGUUAUUUAAAGAGCUGAGAGCAGCUGAAGCUUCAGGUUACAGGCAGCUGCUGACUGCAGCGUUUAAAGGGGAUCCGUUCUUAUCGUUUCCACCUCUGCACUUUGUCAGAGUAGCUUUUCAUGAUUCACAACUUAAAUUAAUCCAAAUUUCUGUAAUGCAAUCAAAGCUUCACCUCACAAAGCUUAAAGUUAGCUUAGAGGCAUCUCCACGGUGCAGUUAGCUUCAGGUGCAGAGUCAGUUUGGAGUUUGUGGGAUGACUUCGCUCAUAAUUUAGCAAAGUCUCUGCUCCUGUUAGCUAGCUGCCUUAAAGUUAGCUGAUGUGAAAGGUUUGUGGUGUAUAUCCGUUUGGAAGUUUGGCCAUGUUAAAUAUGAAUAUUACAAAAUUGUAAAAUCAAAACUCUUGGUGCUCAGCAGCCAUCUUGGUAAUUUAAAGUGUUUAUUUCUCCAGGUUAAGCUGACUUUAAGACCCUAAUUUCAUGAAAUUGGGUGAAUACAUGUACUUUUACCAAAAACCCCAAACAGGUAAAAGGUCUCAGCACAGCUGGUGGUCCAGGUGGAAAAAGCUUUAAGUGUUAUUUUGGGUCAGCACAGGCCAACGUGAAGCGGUCCCCUUUAAAGCCAAUCAGACAUCCUCAGUGGGGUUACAUUCAUACUGAACCUGUGUAAAAGAUUUCAUUUUCUCUUAUUAUGAAUGAUUUAAUCAUUUCUUUUUGCUUUUCACCUGUAAUCUGUGGUCAUUUGAACAUUUAAUUAUUAACGUUGCUGCGUGGCGUGGAAGCCUCCGCGCUGACUGAUGAUUUUUAUGAUUCGAUGGAUGAUCUCUCACCUGUUGGACAGGUUCAGGUUGUUACAGCCAGUGGAGCUCAAACUUGUGCUGCUUGCUGUGAAAACCAAACCUGGAAGAAUAAAGGUCCUUCAGCUGAACAUGAUAAUUUAAUAAACUCUGUUCAUACAGACUGUGAUUUGUUUGCUUUCAGACUUAAUAAAGGUGCACAGAAAAUA